AAAAAAACUGAAUCAAAAGAGAUUCAGAAUGCUUUUGCAAAUCCCAACGUCGUCGUUUUGAUCAACCCCCCGACUUCCCCAUCUUCCCACCAUUGCCACACACGUCUCGCUCUCUCUCUCUCUCUCUCUUUCUUCGUUUCUUUGAUUUUGUAAACUUCGAUUUUCUCUCUCUUCUUCUUCUUCUUCUUCUUCUUCUUCUUCUCCUUCAUCAAAUUGCAAUCAUGGUGGAAUCGGUUGAGUUACCGAGUCGACUCGGAAUUCUUCCUUUCAGAAACAAGGUUCUUUUACCAGGCGCCAUUAUUCGGAUUCGAUGCACUUCAUCCAGCAGCGUGAAAUUGGUGGAGCAAGAGUUGUGGCAGCGAGAAGAGAAGGGAUUGAUUGGUAUUCUUCCAGUUCGAGAUGAUGCUGAUGCACCGGCAAUUGUCCCUGUGUUAUCUCAAGGUGUGGGAAGUGAUUCUGGAGAUCGUAGCUCGAGGGUUCAAUCUGGAACCUCCGACUCACAAAGAGUAGAUGGGAAAAAUCAUCAGGAAGUCAUUCAAUGGCAUUCAAGGGGUGUUGCUGCUCGUGCCUUGCAGCUGUCUAGAGGAGUGGAGAAACCGAGUGGAAGAGUGACAUAUACUGUUAUUUUAGAAGGUUUAUGUAGAUUUACUGUUCAGGAACUUAGCACCAGAGGAACAUAUUAUACUGCACGAAUAUCACCUUCAGAAAUGACAAAGGCAGAGAUGGAGCAAGUGGAGCAAGAUCCAGACUUUAUUUCAUUAUCUCGACAAUUCAAAGCUACUGCAAUGGAGCUUAUAUCCGUUCUUGAACAGAAACAAAAAACUGGAGGACGGACAAAAGUUCUUUUGGAGACGGUUCCAGUUCAUAAACUGGCUGACAUAUUUGUUGCGAGUUUUGAGAUGAGUUUUGAAGAGCAACUAUCUAUGCUGGAUUCAGUUGAUUUAAGAGUAAGGCUUUCAAAAGCAAUGGAGUUAGUUGACCGGCAUUUACAGUCGAUACGUGUAGCAGAGAAGAUUACGCAGAAAGUAGAAGGACAGUUAUCAAAAUCACAGAAAGAAUUCCUUUUGCGUCAGCAGAUGAGGGCCAUAAAGGAGGAGCUUGGUGAUGACGACGAUGAAGAUGAUUUGGUUGCCCUAGAAAGAAAGAUGCAAAGUGCUGAAAUGCCUGCUAAUAUCUGGAAGCAUGCUCAGAGGGAGUUGAGGAGCCUUAAAAAAAUGCAACCUCAACAACCUGGGUAUAACAGCUUGCGAGUUUACCUUGAGCUUCUUGCUGACCUUCCAUGGAAGAAGGCUACUGAAGAAAACGAAUUAGACUUGAAAGCCGCAAAGGAACGUCUUGACAGCGACCAUUAUGGUUUGGUCAAGGUCAAGCAACGAAUUAUUGAAUAUCUUGCUGUUCGGAAGCUUAAGCCAGAUGCAAGAGGGCCUGUGCUGUGCUUUGUAGGGCCACCAGGUGUGGGAAAGACAUCUUUGGCAUCAUCUAUUGCUGCUGCUCUGGGCAGAAAAUUUGUACGUAUAUCCCUGGGUGGUGUUAAAGAUGAGGCUGAUAUUAGAGGACAUAGGAGGACCUACAUCGGAAGCAUGCCAGGGCGUCUUAUUGAUGGACUAAAGAGAGUAUCUGUUUGCAACCCAGUCAUGCUAUUAGAUGAGAUUGACAAGACAGGUUCUGAUGUGCGGGGUGAUCCAGCUUCAGCUCUACUGGAGGUUCUUGACCCUGAACAGAACAAAAAGUUCAGUGAUCAUUAUUUGAACGUCCCGUUUGACCUUUCAAAGGUCGUCUUUGUGGCCACUGCUAACAGAAUGCAGCCUAUACCUCCUCCUCUUCUAGAUAGGAUGGAAGUCAUUGAGCUGCCCGGAUACACACCAGAGGAAAAACUUAAGAUUGCAAUGCACCAUUUGAUUCCACGAGUUUUGGAACAGCAUGGGCUAAGUGCUGAAUUUCUUCAAAUUCCAGAGGCUAUGGUUAAACUUGUGGUUCAAAGAUACACUAGAGAGGCUGGUGUACGAAAUCUUGAAAGGAAUUUGGCUGCAUUGGCUCGUGCUGCUGCUGUUAGAGUUGUGGAAAGAGAUCAAACUGUCCCAUUGAAUAAAGACGUGCAUCAGGUUUCCUCUCCUCUGUUGGAAAACAGACUUUCUGAUGGAGCUGAAGUAGAUAUGGAGGUCAUCCCAAUUGGAGCGGAUCAUGAGAUACCGAACCCAUUGAGGAUAGCCUCUCCAUUGGUUGUUGACGAGGCUAUGCUUGAAAAAGUGCUUGGGCCUCCUAGGUUUGAUGAUAGAGAGGCAGCCGAGCGGGUUAUAUCACCUGGCAUAUCUGUUGGAUUGGUUUGGACUGCCGUUGGGGGAGAGGUUCAGUUUGUGGAGGCCACAGCGAUGUCCGGGAAGGGAGAAUUGCAUCUCACCGGCCAGCUUGGUGACGUCAUUAAAGAAUCAGCUCAGAUAGCCCUUACCUGGGUGCGAGCAAGGGCAACCGAUCUGAAACUUGCAUCAGCUUGUGAAUCUAACCUUUUGGAGGGUCGUGAUAUUCAUAUACAUUUUCCUGCUGGUGCGGUGCCUAAGGAUGGGCCUUCAGCUGGUGUGACUCUUGUAACUGCCCUCGUCUCAUUGUUCGGACAGAAGAGGGUUAGGGCUGAUACUGCAAUGACAGGAGAAAUGACUCUGAGGGGUCUUGUUCUUCCUGUUGGUGGCAUCAAGGACAAGAUAUUAGCUGCACAUCGUUAUGGGAUAAAGAGAGUUAUUCUGCCAGAGAGAAAUUUGAAAGAUUUAGUGGAAGUUCCUUCGGGCGUGCUUGCUAGUUUGGAGAUAUUACUAGCGAAGCGGAUGGAAGAUGUACUGGAGCAGGCUUUUGAAGGUGGAUGUCCAUGGAGACUACAUUCCAAGUUAUGACAAGCACACGUGGCACGAGUAUUGUCUAGAACCCAAGUGAUCGAGCACAUUGCCAUAUCCAUCGGGUAAAAACUGCUAAUUAAUUUUGAUCAGAUUAUUGUUGUCCAAGAAGGAAGGUCAACCAACCCAAUUCGCUGCAGAAAGUUACAAUUGGUUUUGCAUGAAAACCAUGGUAUGUAAUAUUAUUAUUCUUUCAUCCUUUUUUUUUUCCUCUUAAAUCUCAUCGGCUACUGCAGUUUUUCCUUCUCGUGAUUGUUCUUCAUGUAAUUAUGAAAAUAAUUCUGUAUUUAUAUAAUAUAUAUAUAUAUAUAUAUAUAUUAAAAGAAAUAAAAGAUCACUUUUGCUGAUAUAAUCAUAGUGAUAUGUAUAGUUAAUCUUAAUGAGAGCACUCCCUUUCCACUUCUAA